UGACGGUAGCGAAAAACGCACUUGUCGGUUGAGCUUUAAAUUUUAGAGUCCGUCAUUGAAAGGCGCAGUAAAGGAGCGGUGUCUCUAAAGCGUCUAACCUCAUACUCCUUGCCUGGUUUCAAGAGAAAAACAAACUGCUAGCAGUCUCUCUGAUCAUUUAACAUGAAUACAACGAAGUUGUUUUGUCUCAAAUCUUGUGACUGGUGUUUCUUGCGAUGACGAGCCAAAUGCAAGAAUACCUUCCUUUGUAACUGAACGGCUCAAGAAAAUCCGGUUAGCCAAACUAUUGAAAUAUUCAAUCUAGCGCAGCUGCCAUAAACACAGCCUCCUGCGCAGUAGUCUGAGCAGGUUCUAGUGUUUGGUUUUGGCACUCAAGCACUGCUUCCUGGCAGAACGGACGACGAAUUUUUCAAGACUCGCCUGCAUGCCGACUUGUCUUACGGCUUUGCCAUCUCGUGGCUUCACCGCUCGUACCCCCCGGCCCAAACACGAGAGCCUUUUCGCAGGCUAUCUGCGCAGCCGUUCUUAUGGUUCGUCAUGAAGAAAGAUAGCAUGACGAGCCCAAAGAAAGUCUUCGUAAGAGGCUAUCGUAAAUAUUGUCAUUAUGUAAAUCCUAAUGUAACAAGUGAAUAAAUAAAGUGUUGUAAAACACAAAUCCUGGCUCAGGUUUCAGUCUGAUGCAAUCCCCCGUCAACGAUCCUCGCAACUCUUUCCAUCUCCGAGGAGAAACAUUGUGACGAGAAAGGGUCUUGCUUUAUAGCAUCGGAGGGGUGGGACCGGCGUGGGGACCGGCGCAAGCAUGGUGGAAUCCUUGAAUCACAUACUCUAACAAAUUGUGAAAAAGGUUGUUUGUUUGUGUUUACGUUUUUGUUUGCCCUUAGUCUGGCGUUUUUAUGGUCAUUUCGCUCCAUGGAAGUCAGUCCUAUCCAACCAAACUUCAAAUUCUUCACAAAAGUUAGAUCGCUCCGUUUGGCUUGGCAGUGGAUGAAAGAACGAGGGACAAUCCACACACGCGUUGGAACGAACUGACUUGGAGCAGCUUGGAGCGAUCUAACCAUGGAGCGAAGUGACCAGAUACCCUCUGGCUCCCUAAUAAUUAUUUAUCAAGCUCUUUUCUUUCUCACCGCAAAAAAAAAAUUUAAUAACGUCACGCGACCCGAGCGACCAGAGAAAUUUGAAAGACUGGAACCAAGGUAAUAGCGUUUACGAGAGAAACUGGGAAUAGUGUUUUAUAUUGCGCAAAAACAUGACGGACAAGGAUGGAUUUGCGAAAAAACAACUCGAAAAGCACGGAUGGUGCGAAGGUAAAGGUUUAGGUAAAGAGGAAAGUGGAAUUUCUAAGGCCAUCAAAGUCAACAUCAAAACUGAUACAGCUGGGGUUGGUUAUGAUGCCGGUGAUCAGUUUAGUUUUCACUGGUGGGACCAUGUCUUUAACAAAACUGCAAAAAGCAUUGUGGUACAGGAAAGCGAUGAAGGAGUAGAGGUAGUGAAGUCUAGUAAAGAUUCAUGUACUGUGAGCAGCAAAAGACCAAGCAAGAACACAAACAAACCACUGUUAUAUGGCAGAUUUGUCAAGGCUUCAAGUAAGACACUGGACAGUGUAGCACCUGAUUCUGAUGACGAAUCAGACUCUGAAAGAGAUUUUUCACAUCUAUGUGCAGAGGAGAAACUUUUUCAAGCCUGUGGGGGUAGAACAGCUCACAAGGCUGCUCGUCACGGGUUGGGCUUGAAUGGCAAGCUUCAGCGAGUUGAGGAGCAGGAAAAACUGGCGGUGACAGUUGACAGAUGUAGAAGUAAUACAACACAAGCUGGUCUUAAAACUCUUGUGGUCAAAGAAGAACGGGAAAUGACGGAAAAGGAAAACAACAAGAAAGCAAAGUCGAGCAAAAAGGAUAAAGGCAUGAAAAAAAGAAAGCGGAAAUACAAAGACGUGCAAAUAGAUAACGAGCAGAAAUUUCAAGACGAACAUGCCUCUCGUGAAAGUGAGUCAGACCAAAAACGAGUGAAAAAGAAAAAGAAGAAAAAAAGGUGAAUGCUUAGCACAGUUGUAGUAAUACUGUGCUGAAGUACAGUUGGACUGGAACAGGGCCGCGACGAAACGCCAUUACAAGAUCUCCGAGAGAAACCCUGGGACGGAUACAUGAUUUUAGAAAAAGGGCUUGGAGAUGAGGGGGAGGGGUGGCAUCUUCCCCCGCAAAAUUUGUAAGGUUGAGGUCCUCAGAAAUGGGAUUUUCCACAUUCUGAGGCCAAGUCAGCGAGUUAUAAUGUCUCAUUUUUUUUUAAUUUAGGGGAUUAAGGGAUUUCGACCGAAUCUCCCAAUCCCCCACUUCCCCAGAUCCGCCUCAGAAACCAGAAUUCGAUGACAGCAAAGCAAUACCACAAAAUGCAUUACGCAAAAUUACCCUGGAUCGAUCGUGAGGACACUAAUUAUGAAUAAAAACACAUUUUAUUUCAUGAAUAUAUGUUAUUUAUGCAGGUUAUAAUUACUGUCACUUUUAAAGAAUCUAUCAACGACCUUUUAUUCUAUUUUGCGUCUAAUCGAUUACAUCUAAAACAAGUUAUGUCGUCCUAAGAAUCGCAGAAGAUUAACACUUCGUUGGAAUGGCGUUUUUAUCAUUGUUUCCCGAGUACCAUCACGCGAAAUUAACGUCUCUUGCUUGCUGGCUUUGCCCAAAAUUUAAUCUUGUAAUAAUAAUAACUAAUAAGUUCUAACACGUUCAUACAAUUUUUUUGUAAAAACGUCCAUUUUUUUUUCAGACAGAGGCCGGCCGCUUUUAAUUACUUUUUUACGUGUUCAUUUCCAAUCGUUUUAGUCUAAGUAGAUUUGUUUUAAUAGUUCCAAUCUAAAAACGACAAUCAUCCAAACGCAGUUGUUUCCCAAUGAACGGUUCAAUAAGACAAGUUCAUCUGUGUUCAUGGUCAGCUAUCGCUAUGUUUACGCCCAUUGUACUGUUGUUUUAAAAAGUUGUCAAAAUAAACUUCCUGUAGUAACUCUUA